GCGGCGAUCUCAAAGAGUGAUUUGUAAUUUAGUGUAAAUCGGUCGUCCCAGAGAUUUUAUCAACUUUUGCAGUAUGUCUACCACUGAGAAAGUCGAAGAGCCCGUCGUGAAAGCAAAGGGCAAGGACAAGGAUGAGGAAAAGACGGAGUUGUCCGAUGAGGAUAAGCAGCUACAGGAUGAGCUGAACAUGCUGGUGGAACGGCUCCAGGAAGCGGACGCGGAUCUAUACCGACCUUCACUGGACGCCAUGGCGAACCUGAUCCGGGCGUCGACCACAUCUAUGACGUCCGUGCCAAAGCCGCUAAAGUUUAUGCGUCCUCACUAUGAAACGAUGAAGGAAAUCCACAAGAAAAUGACUGCCAAGUUGAAGGACGUGACGACGUUGAAGCUGUGCGCCGAAAUCAUCUCCGUUCUCGCGAUGACCAUGGGCACCGGUAAGGAGUGUCUUGUCUACCGGCUGCUGAGCGACAACAGCACUGAAAACAUCGGCGAAUGGGGUCACGAGUAUGUGCGCCAUCUGUCCGGUGAAAUCGCCUCGAACUGGCCGGAAUCGACGGAUAAUCUCUUCAAGAAUCGCCUGAUCGAGCUGAUCCACCAGAUCAUCCCGUACAACAUGGCGCACAAUGCGGAGGCCGAAGCGUGCGAUCUGCUCAUGGAAAUCGAGCGUCUCGACCUGCUGGAAAACUAUGUCGAUGAAAGCGCUUAUCCGCGCGUGUGUCUCUACCUGCAGAGCUGUGUGCCGUACGUUGCCGAGCCGGAAAACAUCAGCUUGCUCAAGUGCGCACUCAACCUGUCGCGAAAGUUUAACCAGCACACCCAAGCGAUGCGUCUCGCGAUGAUGAUCAACGACACCGAGCUAAUCAAGGAGAUCUUUAUGGCUUGCACGGACACUGCCGUGCAGAAGCAGCUGGCGUUCAUGUUGGGUCGGCAGCAGAUAUUCUUGGAGCUACCGGAGGGAAACAACGACAACGACGAUCUGGUAGAGAUCAUGUCGAAUUCUCAUCUCAACCAUCACUUCCUCAAUCUGGCCCGUGAGCUGGACAUUAUGGAGCCGAAAACGCCCGAAGACGUGUACAAGUCGCAUUUGGACAACUCGCGUGCUCCCUUUGGCUCGCAGAUCGAUUCCGCCCGGCAAAAUCUGGCGGCCAGCUUCGUGAAUGGAUUCGUGAACGCUGGUUUUGGCCAAGACAAGCUGCUGAUGGAGGAUGGCAAUAAGUGGCUGUACAAGAACAAGGAGCAUGGUAUGCUAAGUGCCACGGCGUCCCUUGGAUUGAUCCUGCUCUGGGACGUGGAUGGUGGUCUUACCCCGAUCGACAAGUAUUUGUACUCAAACGAGGAUUACAUCAAAUCGGGUGCUUUGCUCGCUUGCGGCAUCGUCAAUUGUGGCGUGCGAAAUGAGGUCGAUCCUGCGUUGGCUUUGCUUUCUGACUACGUGCUGCAUCAGAACGCCACCAUGCGUAUUGGAGCCAUCCUCGGACUUGGUUUGGCAUACGCCGGCUCGAACCGUUCGGUCGUGCUGGAGCUGAUCGGAUCUGUGUUUAGCUCGGAAAGACGCACCGGCUCCACGAUGGAGGUCAUGGGAAUCGCUGCCCUUGCCCUCGGCAUGAUUGCGGUCGGAUCGUGCAACAGUGAGGUCACCGAGGUGUUGCUGCAAAUUAUCAUGGACCGUAGUGAAGCCGACCUUAAGGACACUUACUCCCGUUUCCUUCCGCUUGGGCUUGGUCUGGUGUACCUGGGACGUCAGGAGGCGGUUGAGACGGUGACGGCUGCCCUCGAGAUUGCUCCCGAGCCGUUCCGCUCGAUGGCCACGACGAUGGUAGAAAUUUGCGCAUACGCUGGCACCGGAAACGUGCUCAAGAUUCAACAGCUCCUGCAUCUCUGCUCGGAGCACUACGAACCGGCGGCCGGCGAGGAACCGGCAUCGAAGAAAUCCGACGCAAAGGAAGCGACAGCGGGCAAAGAGAAGGAAGAUAAGGAGAAAGAUCUCUCCGGUUGUCAGGCCGUCGCUGUCCUUGGCAUUGCGCUGAUCGCCAUGGGCGAGGAGAUUGGUGCUGAAAUGGCUUUCCGGUCGUUCGGAAACUUGUUGCGUUACUGCGAACCUUGCAUUCGCCGUGCCGUUCCGCUGGCGCUGGGUUUGAUUUCAGUGUCCAACCCGAAACUCAACAUCCUCGACACACUGAGCAAAUUUUCGCACGACAGCGAUGCCGAGGUGGCGCACAAUGCCAUCUUCGCCAUGGGUCUCGUCGGCGCCGGUACAAAUAACGCCCGCUUGGCAUCGAUGUUGCGCCAGCUGGCCCAGUACCACGCAAAGGAUCCGAACAACCUGUUCAUGGUACGCAUUGCCCAAGGUUUAACUCAUCUGGGUAAGGGUACAUUCACUAUCAGCCCGUACCAUAGCGACCGUCAACUGAUGAGCCCGGUGGCCGUGGCUGGGCUUAUGGCGGCACUGGUUUCUUUCCUGGAUGUUAAGAAUAUAAUCCUUGGAAAGUCCCAUUAUCUGCUCUACACGUUGACAACAGCCAUGCAACCUCGCAUGCUGAUCACGUUUACCGAAGAUUUAAACUCGUGUCCUGUCCCUGUACGCGUUGGAAUGGCCGUAGAUGUUGUAGGACAGGCCGGUAAACCGAAAACCAUCACCGGUUUCCAGACUCAUACCACUCCGGUUUUGCUCGCGAUGGGAGAACGAGCCGAACUGGCGACUGAGGAAUAUAUUUCCCUUACGCCAAUUAUGGAAGGGUUCUGUAUUUUGCGGAAAAAUCCCAACUACGUCCCGUAAGAAGUGGCAUUCUCUUCCGUGCAUUCGGUCAACAUUAAUGAUCAUACUAAAUAUGGAAGGCAAGAAGGCAGACCACAAUCUACAAACAGCCGAGUGUGUCGAUUUAUUGCUACGUUUGAUAAUGCUAAAUAACAUUUACUUAUACAUUUAGGAACGGUAAUAAAUAAUAAUUUUUCGAACCCGA